AUGGCUGGACGUGCGCCGGCGACGGACAAGACCAGCUUCGCCGCCACGUGCAGCCUGCUGAGCCAGUAUCUCAAGGAGAAGAAGGGCGGCCUGCAGGGCCCUGGCGGCUUCGCCAUGGCGCCGGCGCCGGCACCUGGCUCGCCCAUCGUCGUCGCAGGAGCAGGAGCCUUCCGGCCGCCGACCACCAUGAACUUGCUGUCAGCGCUCGACGCGCCGGCCGAGGAGCCCAACGAGAAGGCCACCACCGGGGAGCCAAAAGACCAUGACAAACGCACCUGCGUAAAUCCAAGGGAGGCAGCUGGAGACGAGGCGCAACAGCUGACCAUCUUCUACGGUGGAAAAGUGGUCGUCUUCGACAAGUUCCCCUCCACCAUGGUCAAGGACUUGCUACAAAUCGUGAACCCUGGCGGCGACGGCGUGGACGGGGCCAGUGCCACUGUCCCGCCACAGAAGCUGCCUACGCCUUCACACAGCAGUCUCUCUGAUCUGCCGAUUGCGAGGAGGAAUUCACUCCACAGGUUUCUUGAGAAGAGAAAGGACAGGAUAACUGCAAAGGCGCCAUACCAAGUCAACAGCUCUGUUGGCGUUGAGGCGCCGAAGCAAGCGGCCGGAGUGGAGAAGAAACCUUGGCUGGGGCUGGGCCAAGAAGCGACAGUCAAGCAGGAGAUGUGA